GCACAUGAAGCAUCUGCUAAUGGUUGGAAUGCUUCUUCUGCUGAUAUUAUCCUGGGUAUAGUCUUGCCAAUUCUGAGAAAUGGUGGAGUCUUGAUCUUGAGCUAUCUGUACAGGCUUGGAUAUUCGUUCAUUAGUACAGACCCCUCUAACCACCUGUCCUUCCAAAACUUGAUGUUGGUGUCAUUGCCCACUUUAAAUGAGGUGUUGGCUUCUGAGGAUGAUCAGGAUGCUCUGACAACUGACCCUGAUGAACUCAUUGACUCGGAAGAUAGUGAAGGUAUCAGUGAUGAAGAGGAUAUCUUCAGAAAUCUUCUUUCUGGAGCAGGGUUUCACCUCACAUAUGGAGAUAAUCCAUCGCAGCCACAGGUCACUCUAAGGGAAAAGCUCCUUAUGGAUGCUGGUGCAAUAGCUGGGUUCCUGGCUGGACUUCGUGUGUAUCUUGAUGACCCUGCUAAAGUAAAGCGUUUGCUCCUUCCUACUAAUAUAUCUGGCUGUAGUGAUGAAAAGAAGGGAAAUAAAAAUGACAACUCCUCUCCCAGUUUGAUGAACUUGCUGAUGGGGGUAAAAGUGUUGCAGCAAGCAAUCAUUGAUUUGCUGUUGGAUAUUAUGGUCGAAUGUUGCCAACCUUCAGAAGGAAGUUCUAGUAGUGAGUCAUCUGAAGUGAAGCCUAAAGCUUCUCCAGAUGGCAAUGGAGCAGCUAGUCAAUUGGAGUCUGAUAGAGGUAAUGGUGCAAAAGAACCUUUGCAACUUUAUGCCCAUGAUAGACUGGAUACAGUGACGGAGGAGAGCAUGAAUUCAUCUGCUGUCCAAAGCUCUGAUAUUGAUGGGAUUAAUGCACCUGAAAAGGCCUUCUCUGGGCAGCCUAUGUAUCCACCAGAAACAUCUGCUGGUGGCUCCUCUGAAAAUCCUUCCCUUCGUACUAAGACCAAAUGGCCAGAGCAGUCUGAGGAGCUUCUGGGAUUGAUAGUAAACUCCCUAAGAGCACUAGAUGGAGCUGUUCCACAAGGUUGUCCUGAGCCAAGGAGGAGGCCGCAGUCUGCCCAAAAGAUAGCCCUUGUAUUGGAUAAAGCUCCAAAGCAUCUACAGCCGGACCUAGUUGCGUUGGUUCCAAAAUUGGUUGAGCAUUCAGAACAUCCACUUGCUGCUUAUGCGCUUCUAGGACGACUUCAGAAGCCAGAUGCUGAACCCGCAUUAAGGAUGCCAGUCUUUGGUGCCCUUGGCCAGUUGGAAUGUAGCAGUGAUGUGUGGGAACGUGUUCUUUUCCAGUCAUUUGAUCUUUUAGCAGAUUCCAUUGAUGAACCUCUUGCAGCAACUGUUGACUUCAUAUUCAAGGCUGCCCUUCAUUGUCUACAUCUUCCAGAAGCAGUUAGAGCCGUACGCGUCCGGCUAAAAAAACUAGGCACUGAAGUCUCCCCAUGUGUUCUUGAUUAUUUGACCCGAACUGUAAAUAGCUGUGCAGAUGUUGCAGAAGCUAUUCUAAGAGAUAUUGAUUGCGACAAUGAUUCUGGUGACAAUUGCUCGGCUGUACCAUGUGGGAUUUUCUUAUUUGGUGAAAGUUGUCAUACUUCAGAAAGACCGCCUGAAGUAGAUGAGCAAGCUUUCCUUUGUACUCAUCAUUUUUCUGAUAUUUAUAUACUUAUUGACAUGUUAUCAAUUCCAUGUCUUGCCGUUGAAGCUUCCCAAACAUUUGAGAGAGCUGUAGCUCGAGGGGCCAUUGUGGCUCAGUCUGUAGCCAUGGUCUUGGAAAGACGUUUUGCUCGGAGAUUACAUAUGACCUCUCAAUAUGUUGAAAAUUUUCCGCACACUGACGUGGUUGUGGAAGGGGAAACCAUUGAGCAAUUGACAGCCCAACAAGAUGAUUUUACUUCAAUUCUUGGUCUUGCUGAGACAUUGGCACUCUCUAGAGAUCCACAUUUAAAAGGUUUUGUAAAGUUGCUUUACACAAUAUUGUUCAAGUGGUAUGCAGAUGAGUCUUAUCGAUUGAGGAUACUCAAGAGGCUUGUUGAUCGUGCUACCAGUUCAACGGAAAGUGCUCGUGAAGUAGAUCUAGAUUUGGAGAUAUUGGUAACCUUGAUAUGUGAGGAGCAGGAAAUUGUUAGACUAGUCCUAAGCAUGAUGAGGGAGGUUGUUGAACUAGCCAAUGUUGAUCGUGCCACACUUUGGCAUCAAUUGUGUGCUAGUGAAGAUGAAAUUAUGCGCAUUCGCGAGGAAAGGAAAGCUGAAAAUACCAGUAUAGCUAAAGAAAUAGCUAUCAUGUCCCAAAAGCUUAACGAAUCGGAGGCUACUAAUAAUCGUCUCAAGUCUGAAAUGAGGGCUGAGAUGGAUCGGUUUUCUCGGGAAAGAAAGGAACUCGCAGAACAGAUACAAGAAGUUGAGAGUCAACUUGAAUGGCUACGAUCUGAACGGGAUGAUAAAAUUGCUAGGCUCACUGCAGAAAAAAGAGCUCUUCAAGAUCGUUUGCAUGAUGCCGAGGCACAACUUUCCCAACUGAAAUCACGGAAACGUGAUGAAUUAAAGAGAGUGAUGAAGGAGAAAAAUACUCUUGCAGAAAGGUUAAAGAAUGCUGAAGCUGCACGGAAAAGAUUUGACGAGGAACUAAAACGUUAUGCCACAGAGAAAGUGACCAGAGAAGAAUUACGAAAGUCACUUGAGGAUGAAGUACGCCGGUUGACUCAAACAGUUGGGCAAACGGAAGGGGAGAAACGUGAAAAGGAGGAGCAGGUUGCUCGUUGUGAAGCUUUUAUUGAUGGAAUGGAAUCCAAGCUGGAGGCUUGCGAGCAAUACAUCCGUCAGCUUGAAUCAUCACUUCAGGAAGAAAUGUCUCGGCAUGCCCCACUGUAUGGAGCUGGCUUGGAAGCUUUAUCAAUGAAUGAGUUGGAUACAUUAUCACGUAUUCAUGAAGAAGGACUCAGACAGAUCCAUGCCAUCCAACAGCGUAAUGGAAGUCCAGCUGGUAGUCCUAUAGUAAUCCCCCAUAACCUUCCGCCUACUCAUGCGUUGUUUCCUGCUCCUCCUCCGAUGGCUGUUGGAAUGCCCCCAUCUCUUGUUCCAAAUGGUGUUGGGAUCCACAGCAAUGGCCAUGUAAAUGGUUCUAUUGGGCCCUGGUUCAAUCAUUCUUGAAUCUGGGUCUAGGACGACCCUUGUUAUGAUCAAGGUGGCUAGUUGUUUCAUUCUCAAGCCUUGCAGCUAAGUAGGAGAGCAAUGUGUAGGCAGUAGGUUUGGUCAUCUUUUUCUAUUUUCAAGCUCUCUUGGCGUUGGCUGGUACCACUGUGGGAAAAAUUGGUAGGCGUUGUCCAAUAGCAACCAACAUUUCAAAUGCCACACUUAUUCAUGGUUUUUACUUUUUCGUCAAAUUAAUUAAAAUGCAUUAGAAAGUUUUGAUUACUGUUUAUCUCAUAUUCGCAGAAACUCUCAAUGAUCCUUUGCUUCCUAGUUAUUUCCGGGCAGGGGCUAAUUAUUAUCAAAAUAAUUGAAAAUUGUCCUGGCAGAUGCCCUGUUAUCUGUAAUCUGCAUCCCUUGUUUGUAGUGUUUUUAUCUUA